GUUCGGACGAUUCCGCGCACACUGUCUAACGCACACUGGUUUCCUAGCCCCUUGCCUACCGACGAACGUCAAAAUAUCCCGUCUUUGACUUACCUCGGCAAGCUCUCGCACACGGGAGAACUUGUGAAUGAACAGGAUAAUGAAGAAGUGCGACAGGAGAGGCCAUACGCUCUUUACCGAGCAAAGAUGAGGCAAGGCGGAUCUGGCGACGAGGUGAACGUUGUAGUCAAGUUCACUGCACAUUAUCAUGAAGAUGCACAUCGGAUGCUUGCCGAAGAACAGUUGGCACCAACGUUGCACUUCUGCAUUCACCUCUUUGGCGACAUGUACAUGGUCAUUAUGGACUACGUCGAAGGCACCUCACUCUACUUUACACAGGAGGAGCUUCGGGAUCGUGAGAAGAUAUACAACGACGUGGAGAGGGCAGUCAAACUGCUACACGAGCAAGACCUUGUAUUUGGCGACCUCCGAGUCCAAAAUAUCGUUUCUAGACCGGAUGGAGGUGCUAUGCUGAUCGAUUUUGAUUGGGCUGGUAAUCCUUAG